UUGCAGAGUCAAGCGGGGUAGUGAUUGCUUUUCGGCGCGAAAUUCAACGAUCAAUCGGUGGUGCAGGAACCACCAGCAUGGAACAGUUUUCUCUGUGCUGGAACAGCUUCCGUGACAACUUGGCGGAGGGAUUCCAAUCGCUAUACGAAAACGGUGAACUGUUCGACGUGGUAAUCGUUUGCGAUGGGAAGGAGUUCAAAGCGCACCGGGAUAUUCUGGCCGCGUGCAGCCCCUUCUUUCGCAGCAUACUAGUCGGCAACUCGUCCGGAAACCCGAUAAUCAUACUGAACGACGUGCCGGACUAUGUAAUGAAACUGCUGCUGCGCUUCAUCUACUACGGCUCGGUGAUCGUGAACAACGCCGACCUGAGCACGCUGAUGAAGCACGCCGAGAAGCUGCGCAUCAAGGGGCUCACGCAGCGCCACCGCGCCCACCCCGAGGACAGCCCGGAAGGACCGCCGGAGCGCCCGACGCCACCGGGGACAGCGACGGGCCCGCUCAGCAGCCCGUACAACGGCUACGGGGGGCCGACAGCGGCACCGGCCGGAACCGGAACCGGCGACGAUCCGCACGCCACGGACGGAGCAGUGCCACCGUCGGCGCAGCCCCUCUACUCGGUCCUGGUGAACACCUUCCUCGGUCGGGCUGCCGGUGCCGGCUGCGAGGACGGCACCGUCGGAUCGUCCCCGCUGAAGCAACCGAAGCUGGAGCGGUCGGCGGAGUCGCCGAGCCCGUCCCCGUACCCGCCGGCCGACUACGGAGAGGCAGCGCAACCGUUCGAAGGGAGCGCGCGAUCGUUGGCAGGCCCGGGCGCCGUCCACGCGGACCACGUGGAACAGCAGCUUGACGCGCUGCGCCCACUGUUCCCCUCGGCGUACGACUGCACCGCCGCCCCGGGAGUCGCCGGGAGUCUGUCGAGGUCAAUGGCCGGAGGCGACUCCAUGUCCAGCCCGCCGCUUCCGGACGGUGCCGGGAUGGAUGCGCCGCUGUCACCUAGUGGAGCCCCGGUCUCGAUAAACGUACCCGCAGUGGCGCCGGGCGAGAAGUGGUUUCAAGGUCGCUUGCAGUUCAUGCUAAGUCAGCGCGGUAAACCUCUGCUGGUACACGAUGGGCACUCGUUCGGAAUCCAGUACAUACGGAAGGACAAGAAGUACUGGCAGUGCAACCUGUCGCGCAAGUACAACUGCAAGGCUCGUGUUACCACCACGGACACCGGUGACAUCAUAGUGACCAACAACGAGCACUGCCACACGGAAAUCCGCCAGCACCUUCGCAAAGACUACAAAACGAUGAAACUGGCGGCCAGCCUGGCGGCGAGUCGAGCGUCCUUCGAGGCAACCAACCUGGCGGUCGCGUCCACCAGCUCCAGCACCAGCGUCCACUCCUCCAGUGACUUCUACGUUGGGCCGGUCGCAGUGCCACCAGUGACGGCCGACCAGGAGAUGCGAAGUCUGAACCUCAGUUGGACGUUCAACCGCGAGUCGAACAAGUGCAACGAUUGAAACUAACCGCGCUUGGAGCUUCCCUACCAACCGGUAGCUAACGACCGGGGCUGACGAAACGCCUGUCCGGACGCCACCUUUACUCUAACAUUACAUUAGUAGCGGCGAGUAGGGCACUAUGCGCUCAAAAGAUUCGCCUCAAGCCUACAUUAUACUCUAAUAUUUUACUGUAUAAGAAUCUAGGAAAAGAAAAGCUAAAGAAAGGAGUACAUCACAGAAAUGUUCGUUUUCGAUGCCAGCCACCAUACUCCAACAUAAGACUACACAGGAAGCAGCUACGAUUGCGAUUGCAACUUCACGAUAGAACAGUAGACUCUUACAACAUUUGGCGAAACAUUUGUGUGUAAACCCCAUACUGCAUUCAGAUAUGAGUGUCAUUAGUUCGCCUGUGCAGCAGCUAGUUCACGUUUAUGUCAUUCAAAAGAUCAUUAUUCCUGGACAAACUCGUGACAACUUUGCAUACGGUACGCCAAAGCCAUAUACAUUCAACAGUUUAGUACAAUAGCUGUGCAUCAUAGUUCCACAGAUCAUGCAUUUACAGGUGACUAUUUGCAGCACCUUGAAUUUAGCUUUGUCAACCAACCAACCAAUGAAUGGCCCAUAUCAGCUGCAAGUGUUUUGUCCAAUGCUGUGUUGUCUAAAACCUGCUGCCAGAUUCAAGCCAAAGUGUUGUCCAGUCGCAUCCUAUGAAACACAUCAUUUGCUCAAUGAAAUGUGCCUUAAAUGUAAUGUUAAGUUAGAUAUUAGUAGUAAAUUAAAUGACAAGAAUUCUAGCGGCGAUUGAUUGAAUGGUAGUUCAAUAAA